AUGAAUGCCUACGACGAGGCCCUGUCCAAAGUGCUAGACCAUUUGCUGGCCAUGAAAAACUGCGAGGUGGUGGACGAAGUUCUGCGUCAGUCCAUGCUGGCACUUUUGCGGGACAGAUUCCGUGAGAUUGCCAAUCGGACCACCAACUGGUCCAAUCACGCGGGCCGCACCGAGCCCUGCUACUUUGAUGUGGAGGCAACCUUUGACCGGAUGGACAUCAAGGUGAGCGACCUCAAGGCCAUUUGCCAGGCUGACUCGGAGGCGGAGGACGUGGUCGAAUGUCCAGAGCCGGAGACCUGCGACCAGGACUUCCACAGGGGGCCACAGCCCAUGCUGUGCGCCACGAAGCCCCGGGAAAUGGCCUGCACCUCGCACAUUCCCGACUAUUUGCCACCAUUUCCCGCGCCGCACACCUACAGGAACACGGUCAUGGAGCAGGUUACCAAGAGAAGCUAUUUGACAGCCAGGGAACGGCAUGCCGAGAACCAGUUGAACACCCAAAGGGCCCUCAACGGAUUCUACUUGAGGUGCAAUCCCAAGCUGUCGCUGUUCGAAAGUAACCAAAACAACGAAGUCGGCAAUGUUUUGGCAGUGCUUCCGCCCAAGAAGCCUUCCUUUUUGGAUGCCCUGAUGCCACGCAGCCAGGUCUUUGAGACGGACAUCUACGAGAACAAGGAGGAGAUCACCCACGCAGUCCUGCGCUGCCGCUUUUUGAAGGAGCCCAAGGAGCCCAGGGAGCAGAGCUCACACCGGCCGGUCGAACAUUGCCAAGCCGAAGACGUGGAGAUGCAGGAGCUGGACUCGGAUUCCGAUGAGGAGGACUUCGUCUCCGUGGACGAGGGAGAGGCGAUGGAGGAGUCGGACGGUCUGCAGGAGAUUAACUGGUCGCAGCCGGACUGAAUGCUGAAAUACCGAAAACCGAAUUAAACUGCAGCUCAGGAAAAGAGCUGAAAAGCACACGAAAUGUUUCCAUUACCGACCGGGUCCAUCGUAAAGUGUGAGAAAAAUUAAUUUAUUUCAAUUACAUUUCAUUAAGGACUGCCACACGUUGCCCUGAUGCUCCGAUGCCCUGAUGUUCGCAGGAGCAGAGGUCCUG